AUAUUUCAGUAGGAAACUGGCUGCAUUCUUCAAUUACCAUUUGCUGCAACCGCCGUUCCCUCAGCAAAAUGUCGACCAGAUUGCAACGUUAAUUGCCGGUCGUUCAUCUUCUUCAAAACCCUUCUCUAUAAACCCCUCUCGCCUCUUGAGCUUUGAAUUUAUGGCGCAAAGCGACCUCCUCGGCGGCGGAGCGCGGUGGAAAACAAGGAAGAAGAAGCGAGAGAAUGUCUCGGAUGGACGAGAGCAACAAAAUGGAACCCGAAAUGUUCUUCUCCAAGAUCCUUUCGAGGUUUUAGGUUCUGAUCUAUUUAUGGCGAUACUGAGCUACCUUGAUGCACGCAGCGUGGCACUUUCUCUCCUCGUCUCUCGAUCUUGGUACGCCAUAGCUUCCAGCGAUCGCCUAUGGAGUUCGAAGUGUGAGGAACUGUGGCUCGGGAAAGCACAUAUCCCUAGAUUGGCCCAAAGCCGAGGUCUUCCAAAGCUGGCUGCUUAUUCUUUAUCCGUCAUGGAUGGCAAACGAACUCGCAUUAUGAGGGAGGAUUUAUGUGAUCAUGCCUGGCAAUUUCACUUCAAUAAGGAAGCUCCGGUCUACUGGCGAGAUCUUGAUCCAUAUUGGCAAGGCAGCCACCCUCUCAUGCGCCGUUAUUUCCACCCCGAUGGGAGCCAAACUGCAGAUCCUGAUGAUAGAGUAUGGGGUGGCCAUGAAAGCUGCUUUUUGACAGUUACAAGUUUUGUUGGUGAUGGUGAGAUCAGAGAACACUAUGUGAGGAUAAACAAAUGGCCAAGAAUGUUUGUGUCAAGGAAUGAAGAUUGGAGCUGGAAGAUGUCGAAUCACUUCACCUCGUACUCGAGCAUAGCCGAUGCUGAAAAGGCUGGUGGGACGGGUCCACUUUAACAGUGGUUGGCGAUAAAAUUGUUUGUUUGCUCUCGUAGAGGCUGCUGUUUUGUUGUGUACGGAAAAUUGGGAGUAUAGGAAAGGAAAUGGUGUUGGUUUUGGAUCACAUGUUCUUCUGGUUCUUUGCCUCAAAAUGGGAGUAGUCUUUAUAUGCUUGUAGAAUUUGUUCAUCAUUAUUAUUUUUCCUUUAAGAAAAUGUAAUUAGAUGUUGCUACUAGUAAUUAGUAAAAUUUGGAACUAAUAAGUUGGGUUCAAGUUUGAUGAGUUUUCUUAA